AUGUGUGAAAAUGUAGUAAUUCAACAGUCUAGCUCAACAGCGGAGAAUAAUUCAUCUAUAGAAAAAAAAAAAUCAAAUGAUGAUUCUGAACAUCUUGAAUUAAAUGCCAAAAAUACCAAUAUUAUAGAAAAUGAACCCAUCGUAGAACCCGAAAUUUCAAACUCUUUUAUUGGUUUUAAAAAUGAUGUUGGUAUUUGGCCUCAAAAUUCUACUAAUGAAAUGAUAAAAUACUGGAUAAAACAAGGUUCUACAAACUUGCAAAACUGCGAUGAAAAGUUAUUAGAAACAAAAUCUUUCCUACAAAAUCGGGUUGAUCGCUCUGCAAAUAAUACUAGAAAAUGUUCUAUACAUUUUUUCAAACGGAUAACUAAAAAUAGAGAAGGUAUUAAUCGUAAUUGGCUAUGUUUCUCUCCAAUUACUGGUAAAUUGUAUUGUUAUAUUUGCAAACUAUUAGGGACAAAAAAUGGAAAGUUAUCUAGUGAUGGAUUUUGUGAUUGGAAGCAUGCAGCUGAAAAGUUAUCCCAACAUGAAACAUCAAAACAUCAUCUUGAAGCAAUUAUUGCAAUAAAUCAUCGAGCGAGAGAAAAUGAUUGUCUAGAUCAACAACUUCAAAAACAGAUAGCAGAAAUAUCUUCCUAUUGGCGCCAAGUUCUAAAGCGAGUAAUUAGCACGAUCAAAUUUAUUUCAGAACGUGGCUUAGCAUUUAGAGGAGAUGACGAAAUAAUUGGUUCACCAAGAAAUGGAAAUUAUCUUGGAAUUCUUGAAUUAGUGGCGGAGUUUGAUCCAUUUCUGUCAGCUCAUAUAAAAGAUCAUGCGAAUAAAAAAAGUGGUCACACAAAUUACCUUUCAUCAACUAUUUGUGAAGAAUUAAUUGAUCUUAUGGCUAAAGAAGUAUUAGGCGAAAUAAUUACAAGAAUUAAAAAAUCAAAAUAUUAUUCGGUAUCUGUAGAUUCUACUCCCGAUGAAGCACAUAUAGAUCAAUUGACUAUAGUAGUACGCUAUAUGGAAAAAAUGAAUCCAGUAGAAAGAUUUUUAACAUUUGUACCAAAUUGUGGCCACACUGGCAUUGAAAUCAUUUGGCAAAUGAAAUGGCAAAUACUCUCAUUACAUUUUUGGACCAUCAUGAAAUUGAAUUGA